UAAUCACCUGGAAGAUGACAAAUACCAGAACAAUCAAAAAGAUGAAGUACGCGUAAAGGUCGUGAUGAUAAGGAAACGAAAGAUAUCUAGACAAUUGAAGAAACAUCAAGCAAUUGUUACCCAAAUGUCUUAG